UGAGGGGAAGCGGCGGCCCGGACCCCGCUAAAAUGGAGGCGCGGAGUCUUCGGGGGGUGUAGGGGUUCUUUCCCCUCCCCGAUCCCCGGGCUGGAGCCCAUGGAGCGGCUGUAGGGUCGGUGCUGGAGCAGUUCCUCACUGGCAGGAUGAGCUUCCCAAAUUCCAGCCAACAUCCAGGAGCUGGGAAUUCCUGCAGGAUCUCCCUUGGACAAGCCCAUCAGGUGAUUCCCAAAGUUCCCCUGCUGAGGAUCCUGCAGGCUGCAGGGGCCCAGGGAGACACCUUCACCCUCAAGGAGGUGAUGCAUUUCCUGGGGCAGUACAUCAUGGGCAGGCAGCUCUACGACAAGAGGCAGCAGCACCUGGUUCACUGUGGAGGGGAUCAGCUGGGAGAGCUGCUGGGACUGCAGAGCUUCUCUGUCAAGGAUCCCAGCCCCGUGUACGAGAUGCUGAAGAGGAACCUGAGCCCUGCUGCCCUCCCAGAUGCUGCACAGACUCUCCCAAAGGAGCAGAGCGUCGCUAAGCCCAGCCCAGACCAGCUGCAGCUCAGCCAGGAAGAAGGAUCUGACUCUGGGAUCCUGGAGGGUGACAGCCAAAACUCUGCUCCAGCUACCUCAGAGCCCAAAUGUGACACUUGUGAAGACAAAGACUUGCUAGAAAACCUCUCCAAAAGCAAAAAGCCCAAGCUGGACCUGGUUUUUGAGGAAUGGGAUGUGGCUGGGUUGCCCUGGUGGUUUUUAGGGAAUCUCAGAAGCAAUUAUAAAUCCAGGAGUAAUGGAUCCACGGAUAUUCAAACUAACCAGGACAUUGACACUGCCAUCGUUUCGGACACCACUGAUGAUUUGUGGUUCCUUAACGAGUGUCCCCUGGAGCAGGGCAGUGCUGGCCUCAAGGUGGAGGUGCUGGACUGUGAGGAGGUGACAGAAGGUGACACAAAGGUGCCUGAGGAUGUGUGCUUGGAUGAGCUGGAGGAUUCCCAGUGCCUGAGUGAUGACACGGACACAGAGGCUGCUUCUGAGGAUUGCUGGCAAUGCUCCAAAUGCAAGAAGUUCAACUCUCCAGGGAAAAGGUAUUGCUAUCGCUGCUGGGCCCUACGUAAGGAUUGGUACCGGGACUGCCCCAAACUGCCCCAUUCCCUGUCCCUUUCCAACAUCAAUUCCAUGGAAAACCAGGAGCAGGAUGAAGGGAUGGACGUCCCAGACUGCAGGAGGACAAUUUCAGCCCCGGCUGGCCAAGCCAAACAUCUUUUCUUGGGAGAAACCAAACCCCACGCGGAUCCCGGUGAUUCCAUGGAGUCCUUGGAUCUAGCGCGGGAUGCGAAAAAUCGGGAUUUUGCCAAGUUGAAGAAAGAGGAGGAGAUGGAAUCUUUGGAGAGCAUCAAAACCCUGUUGAAUCCCUGUUUCCUGUGCCAGCACAGGCCUCGGGAUGGGAAUAUUGUCCAUGGAAGGACUGCUCACCUGGUGGCCUGCUUCAGGUGUGCCAGGAUGCUGAAGAAGAAGAAAUCGCCGUGUCCCGUGUGCAGGAAGGAGAUCAAGAUGGUCAUCAGGAUCUUCAUGGGUUAGCAGGAUCUUCUGACCCUAAAAUAACCCCAAAAAUAGGGGGGGUUGUUUUUGCACAAAAACACCAAUUCCAGAGCUUGGUCUGCAGGAUCAAGAUGGUCAUCGAGAUCUUCAUAGGGUAGCAGGAUCUUCUGCCUCUAAAAUAACCCCAAAAAGAGGAUUUUUGCACUCAAAUCCCAGUUUCAGCAGGAAGAUCAGGCUGACCAUCAGGAUCUUCAUGGAAUAGCAAGAUCUUCUGCCUCUAAAAUAACCCCAAAAAGAGGAUUUUUGCACAAAAACCCCAAUUCCAGAACUUGGUCUGCAGGAUCAAGAUGGUCAUCAAGAUCUUCAUGGGGUAGCAGGAUCUUCUGACCCUAAAAUAACCCCAAAAAGAGGAUUUUUGCACAAAAACCCCAAUUCCACAGCUUGGUCUGCAGGAUCAAGAUGGUCAUCAAGAUCUUCAUAGGGUAGCAGGGCCCUUUGCUCCUAAAAUAAUCCCAAAAUGAGGAUUUUUGCACUCAAAUCCCCAUUUCAUUGUGUGCAGCAAAGAGAUCAGGAUGAUCGUGGGAUCUUUAUGGGAUAGCAGGACCUCCUGCCCCUAAAAUAAGCCCAAAAUGAAGAUUUUUGCACUCAAACUCCAAUUCCAGAGCUGAGCCAGUGAAACCAAAGAAAACCAAAAUUUAAAUCCCGCCAAGAAUCCUCUGCAGGAUCCAAUUGUCCAUGGAAAUCACCUCGAGAUCAAAAUCCUAGCUUGGAAAUUUUCCAAAUUUCUCAAAUUCUGCCAGAUUUUAUCUCUUGGGAUUCUUUCUCCUGACCGAGAACAGAACAUUUGGGAAAAAUUGUGACUUUUGGAAUUUUUUUUUUCCAUAAGUCCUGACUUGUGCAAUUCCUUUUGAAUGGAGAGAUGAAAACAGAAAUAAAUAUUUAUGGUGGGAGGGCAGGGGAUUUGGUAUGGAGAGAAGAAAAAUAACUUUAUUCCUGAUUUUUUUUUUUUUUUUUUAUUGUUUAAGGUCAGCAGGGUGAAGAAUUUCUUGCUCCCAGAUGGGAAAUAAAUACAACUUUAAUCCACACCUCUCAGGUCACAAAUCAGAUGGAAAAAAAUAAUAAUACUAUAUUUUUGUGGUUUUUUGGCUCUUUAAUUUCUAUUUCUUCUCUUUUUUUUUCCCCCCCCAUAUUUAAAUCUAUGUCACCUCUGUCCAGCAGGAUAUAAUUCCAGCAGCUUUGUCAUAUUUUGAGAUGUUCCACCUGCCCUCGUC